UCUUUGAUUUUCUUUUUGAUUCCUGUGAUUUCUAUUUAUAUUAUAAUUGGUCUGUGUUUUCGAUUUUCUUGAAUUUUUCUUUCGUCUUUCAAAGUAAUUCGAACUUUCGAACAAAUUAUUUAAAAUAAAAUUUGGUGUUGGAGUGAAAAAUAGUGAAAUAUCAAAUAAUAGAUAAUAAGGUAAAACUAAGACAACAAUGAUAUUGAGUGCCUACCAACUUAUUGGCCUAAAAACUAAAUCUGUUUAAAGUCUGGUUUAGUAGGUACAGGUAGUGUACCUAUGCGUUAAAAUUACAGACUUUGCCACUAUGUUCAGAAAAGUAGCCAUAGGUAUUUCAGGCGGUGUCGAUAGUGCUGUUGCUGCACUGUUAUUGAAAAAAUCAAAUUUCCAAGUACAAGGAGUAUUUAUGAGAAACUGGGACGGUAACUAUGAAGCUGGAUUUUGUACAGAUGAAAAAGAUUUUGAAGAUGCAACAUUUGUUUGCCGUAAGCUUGAUAUUCCUUUACAUAGGGUUCACUUCAUUAAGGAAUAUUGGAAUGAUGUGUUCUCUGUGGUACUGAGGGAGUAUGAGACUGGACUGACACCGAAUCCUGACAUACUGUGCAAUAGAUAUAUAAAAUUUGAUAGUUUUUUUGAACAUUGCAGGAACAAUUUAGCAGUUGAUGCUAUAGCAACUGGUCACUACGCUAAUACAUCUUUUGGGCCAUAUUUGGAGCAAUACAAUGAUAAUGAAGGUGCUAGGCUGCUGCAGCCUACAGACAAACAUAAAGACCAAACUUUUUUCUUGUCACAAGUGAAACAAUUUUCUCUAAGAAAAUGCAUGUUCCCUAUUGCAAAUUUAUUGAAAAGUGAAGUAAGAGAAAUUGCUAGAAAAGAAGGCCUUUUGCAAGUUGCAAGUAAGAGAGAUAGUACUGGAAUAUGUUUUAUAGGAAAAAGGAGAUUUAAGGAUUUUAUUGAGGAUUUCAUAAAAGCUAGAGAAGGAUUUUUUAUUGAUAUAGACACAGGCCAUGUAGUUGGGCAGCACAGUGGAAUUCACAAAUGGACAGUUGGUCAAAGGUGCUGUCUCAGUAAUUGGAAACAUGCAUAUUUCGUAUUUAAGAAAGACUUGAAUACUAACAAUAUUUAUGUGGUCCCUGGCACUCAGCAUCCAGCUUUAUGGAAUAAUCUUUGCACAACUGAAAAGCCCCAUUGGAUUUGUAAAGAACCUCCUGCCUUAACUGACAAUGGAGUUUUACAUUGUUCUUUUAGAUUCCAACAUACAAAGCCCUUGGUUCCAUGUAGAGUUGUAAAGAACUAUGAAGGUUUAACUAUUCUACUUCAAAACAGUUUAAGGGCGCUCACAGAGGGUCAAUUUGGUGUACUUUACAUUGAUACUGAAUGCCUUGGAAGUGCAAAAAUAAACAAUGUAUGUCACAAUUUAGUGCAAUAAAAUGAAUAAUUAGAACUUAA